AUGGUUGGGCAAAACGCAUCUGCAACAAGGAAGUGUAAGGAGGAGGCUUUGAAAGUAUGGAAACAUCAAGCAUGGAGGGGGUCUGGUAAGAUGGACAGGGGUGUAGAGACAUCAAAUGGUGGUUAUAGUGAUUCAGGGUAUCUGGGUGGUUGUGAAAGGUCGAGUCACAAGGCACCGGCAACAGAGAGUGGGCAUAUGCCGAUCGAACAUAUGGUUAGUCAAAGUAGUGAUGAUUAUGGUGGUGACAUAAUUGCACCAAGGAAAAAAGAUGUUAUGGGGAAAGAGUUUAAAAUGAUAAAAUUAGCGGAAGAAUAUUAUAUGAGUUAUGCAAAGGGCAUUGGAUUUAGCGUGAGAAAAGACAAAUUGGUUCGAAAUUCAGAAGGGAAACACAAGCAGUGGGAAUGCGAAGAGCAUUGUUUAGAACAUGUCAAACAUAUGAGUAUAUGGUCGACUAAUGUGGCAGAAGCUGCAUUCUUUUACUUGAAAGCGAAAGGAGCAAUGGAUCCAGAAUUCUUUUGUAAGUUCAGUGUUGACGAGGAAAAUAGGCUUGGUAAUAUGUUUUGGAGGGACUUCAUUUCACUUUUGGAUUACAUUGCCUAUGGCGACGUCCUCAUAUUCAACAACACGUAUAAAACAAAUGAUGAGACAUUUGAAACUUACAAGUGGUUAUUGGAAACAUUCAUGACAUCCAUGAAAGAUAAGAAGCCAAUAUCAAUAUUGACAGAUGGCGAUGAGGCGAUGCGUAAAGUCAUUGAUGAUGCAUGUAUUUGGGAACCAUUUGCAUUGGACGAGUUUGAGAAAAAAUGGGAGGUUUUGAGGGAAAGAGCGAGUACUCCGAAACAAAAAGAAUGGUUGGAAAUGAUGUAUGUAAAAAGAGACCCAUGGGCUGAAUCAUGUAUGAUAGGAAAGUUUCUCGGUGGGCUAUGUUACGUCUUAUUGACAAAACUCGAGCAACAAGCUUCUCUGAUUUACACGCAUAGGUGCAUUGUAUUGGUACGUCAUGAGAUUGAAUCUUGUUCAACACUCACCUAUGAUAAUGUGAUGCAUAAUUUUGAAGGUCGUGUAUACGUAUUGUCAAAAUAUGGUGAACCGCAUAAUAAUUGGACUUGUGUUUACCACGGUGGGGAAAAUAUGCGGAUAGAGUGUGGAUGCCGGAAAUAUGAAAGUGAAGGGAUCCCGUGUUGCCACCUGUUUUAUGUAAUGAAGUGUGAGCACCUUACAGAAAUUCCUCCAGCACUCAUAAUGAAGAGAUGGACAAAGAGUGCCCAAACUGAUACAUGUAUGGAAUUUAUCGGCAAAGGCGAAGACACUACCAACGAAGUUGUAGAAAUGGCGAGGUAUGGAAGUUUAAGUGAUAUGUCAAACAAACAAAAGGAAGAAGAGACAAGUAGGAAAUUGGGUACUGUUGAGCAAUGUCCUCUAAAUAUUGUGAAAGAUCCAAAUAUCGUUAAGACAAAAGGCACUCAAGCAAGGCAAGGUGGAAUGCGCAAACAUUGA